AUGGCCGACCCGGGGUUGCCGCCGAGCGCGGCCCCGCGGGGGGAAGGCGAGGCCCCGCUGCCGGCCGCGAGCAGCGCCGGCCCGCCCGAGCGCGCCGAGGAGGCGAGGACAGAUCUGCUCCAGGAAGAUGAUGAUUCCAGUAGUGAUUAUGGCAGUCGUGACAAGCCGGGGACUACUCUAGGAAGGACUGUACCGGAUGGGAAUGUGCUUUUUCCAGAUCUUUUUCACACUGAUCAUCUUUUGUUUUACGAGCGAUUUAAAGCUUACCAGGAUUACAUUUUGGCUGACUGCAAAGCUUCUGAGGUGAAAGAAUUCACAGCUGAGUAUCUGGAGAAGGUCCUUGAACCAGCUGGAUGGCAGGCAGUCUGGCGCACUAACGUGUUUGAGGUCCUUGUUGAGGUUGUUGAUGUGGAGUAUUCAGCUCUGAAAGCAGUUGUACAACUCGGCGAGCCUUUCCUGUGCGAGUCACGGGAUAGCACCUUUACCUUGGAGUGUAUGCAGGAGCUCUUGUUGCUGAAGGAGCGUCAGAUACCACUGCAGGAGCUGUGGGUUGUAUAUGAUGAGUCAGGAGAGUUUGACCAGACAGCCCUGGCCAUAGAGCAUGUCAGGUUCUUCUACCAGUGCAUCUGGAGGACCUGGGAUGAGGAGGAGGAGGAUGACUUUGAUUACUUUGUGCGAUGUGUUGAGCCUCGACUGAGAUUGCAUUAUGACAUCCUUGAACACCGUGUGCCUUCUGGGCUUGUAACUGAUUACCAGAACUUGUUGUCUCAGUGUGAAGAGCUUUACAGGAAGUUUUUAGAUGUGAGGAACAGCAUAUCAAGCAGUGAUUCAGACUCAGAAGCAGAAAAUGUCUCUAUGGUGGAAGGACUGAAAUUGUAUGAGAAAAUAGAGCACUUAAAGCAAAAGCUAAAACUCAUUGAGAAUCCUCUGCUGAGGUAUGUGUUUGGCUACCAAAAAUACAGUGGUUUCCAAGCUAAAGGGCUGAGACAAACAGGUUCCAAGGUCAUUCAUGUUGUAUCAUCAACCAUGAUGGCAAGUCUGCUGCAGGCAUUGAUAAGGGACAAACUUUGCCCUGAGACUUGUGGUGAAGAGCUAGAAAUACAGUUUCACAAUGAUCCACUGGCAGCUGUAAACUCCUGUUAUGAGGGAGACACAGUCAUCAUUUGUCCUGGUCAUUAUGUUGUAGAUGGCAUGUUCUGCAUUGCUGAUUCAAUUAAACUUGAAGGCUAUGGCCUGCCAGAUGAUGUUGUGAUAGAAAAACGGGGGAAAGGAGACAACUUUAUUGAUUGUUCAGGGACCGAUAUAAGGAUCUCGACUUUGAAGUUAGUGCAACAUGAUGCUGUGGAAGGCAUUUUAAAUGUGCAUCAUGGGAAAACUACCCUGGAGAACUGUGUGCUACAAUGUGAAACUACAGGCAUAACAGUGAGAACAUCAGCUGAGCUAUUAAUGAAAAACUCAGAUCUGUAUGGUGCCAAGGGUGCUGGUGUGGAAAUAUAUCCAGGGAGUACGUGUACGCUGGUAGGCAACGGCAUCCACCACUGCAAGGAGGGAAUCCUUAUAAAGAACUUCUUAGAUGAACAUUAUGACAUCCCCAAGAUAACCAUGGUUAGUAAUGUGAUCCAUAAUAAUGAAGGAUAUGGUGUGGUCCUGGUUAGACCAACAAUGCCCUCUGAUGUAAAGGAUGCUUCAGCAAAGAGAUCAGAAGGGAACACACCACCUCCCCAGCCAGGUGAGGGUGGGGCAGCCUAUGAAGAGGGCUUCAGGCAAAAACUACCUGGAUGUAUAGCUGAUGAGCUGGAGCUUUGUGAGCAAACUGAGAUUCCUGAAGGCAAUUAUGAAAUUGCAAACGAACUUGGAGCUACUUCUGCAAAGAAGAGCCAGAUGCACAAGAAAAGACUGAGUGAACUGGGAAUCACAGAAGCUGAUGACAACUUAAUGUCACAGGAAAUGUUUGUUUCAAUUGUGGGUAAUCAGUUCAAGUGGAAUGGGAAAGGAAGUUUUGGUACCUUUCUUUUCUGAAUCCUAAUGCUGCUGCAGUAAGAGAUUUGCACAAGCUGUUACUUUUACUGCUGCUUUCCGAGGAGUUAACCUGUUUCAUUAGCCUUCCAUAAUGUUACUAAAAUGUGACAGAUAUUUAUUAAUAGUAUAUAUUGCAUGUGGAAAUUUUGCUUCCUUGCUGCAAGUAUGGAUAACGGGGUAGAAAACAGAACUCUAGCAUGGAGACCGUGUAUGUAUUCUGUUAAUCUACAUGCUGCCUCUUUGCUAGCUCUGGAUGAUUGUGUAUUUAUUUAACUUCUCAUUGUAAAAAGAAAAACAGU